CACUUACUUUCAUAUGAUUGCCUGAGUGGACGAGCGUGCGCUUUCGUCAUUUUGCAGCGCCUCGCACAUGAUCGACAACAUUAUCCGGCACCGUUGUCUUGCUAAAACUGUACGAACACUAUGCGCCACGCCACAUACCGUGGCCCAAAGCUACCCAAAGAUCUCCUAGAUCAACUUGGUGGACCGCAACGGCGACAUGUAUUCGAAAGAAAACGACACAUAGGAGAACGGCGAAACGCUCCAGGUGCCCGCAGUCGGCCAGCUAGGAAUGCUCAUGGUCAUCAUGCCGUCAGCGACGAUGGUGAGCAAGACAGAUUCUCCAAGCCUAUUGCAUAUGAGAAGCCUCCCAACAGCCGGGUUGCAAAAGCGCAGAAGUCAAUACUCAAACCCUCCAAAACUACGCUGCCGCAGCUGGAGCGGGCCGACGAACUUGACGAGGCAAGCGAUGAUCAAGCGGACUUUGAUCUAGAUGAGCAAAGCGACGAUAGCGAUGGCUCCUUCACUGUAUCACGUCAUGCGGCCAAGGCCGGCAUUGCCGAUGAAGACGCAGAUAUCGCCGCUCUGGAGCGAAAACUGGGCGUCAAGGCUCGCAAACGAUCCCAAGGCGAUGAGGAUGACAACGAUCUGGACUGGCUCGCCGGCAGCUCUGACGAGGACGACGAGAGAGGGGUGAAGCGCAAACGGCCCGAAGAUGCAAACUGGUUGAUCGACAAGAGAUUCAAGGCUAGUCAGCCGUCCGACAGUGAGGACUUUGAAGGCUUCGAGUCUGGAAGUGAUUCUGAAGCGACGCCUCCCGCCAAGACCAAGCGAGAGAAUCCGUACGUCGCGCCUGUGCCGCAAGAUAGAAUGCCUACUGCGAAAUACAUCCCGCCGUCUCUUCGCAAGCCUGCGUCUUCUGAUGAGGAAGCGCUUAAGCAGCUUCGACGCCAGAUGCAAGGUCAGCUUAACCGACUGUCUGAGGCCAAUUUAUUGUCCAUCGUACAGGCCUUAGAGGGCUUUUACGAGAAGAAUGCGCGACAGCAUGUUACUUCUACGGUGAUUGAUCUGUUGAUCAGUCUUGUAGCAGACGAAUCUAUUCUUAGCGAUGCAUUCCUUCUACUGCAUGCUGGCUUUGCUGCCGCCUUGUACAAAGUUACCGGGACGGACUUUGGUGCUCAGCUGCUGGAGAAGCUGGUUAAUACUUUCGACCAGCACCUUGGAGUCGGUGAUUCCCACGGAAAGCAGGCACUCAAUCUUGUUGCUUUCCUAUCCUGCCUGUACAGUUUGCAGGUUGUUGGCAGUAACAUCAUGUUCGACUAUAUCCGGCUGUUGCUCGAUGAGCUUACGGAGGAUAAUACCGAGCUUCUACUACGCGUCAUACGUACUGCAGGUCCUCAGCUACGCCAAGACGAUCCGUCAGCGCUCAAAGACAUUGUACUGCUUUUGCAGCGCAAAGUCGCCGAUACUGCCGAAGCCAACUUCUCUGUCCGUACAAUGUUUAUGAUAGACAGUAUCCGUGACCUCAAGAACAACCGAAUGAAGGCUGGAGCUGCAGGAUCAGCUACAGUAGCAGAGCACACCGUUCGCAUCCGCAAGACACUGGGCUCUCUGAAUGCUCGCUCGGUGAGAGCCACUGAACCUUUGCGCAUCACCCUUGCGGAUCUCGAAGACACAGAGAAGAAAGGUAAAUGGUGGCUUGUCGGUGCCAGCUACCAUGACCCGGCGAAGCCCGCCAGCAAUGGCGGUUCAAUGAAGCCUGUUGCAUCUUUGUCAAGCCACGAUGCUGACGCCGGCUAUGAGUCCGAUACUCCAGGUCACGUGAACCUCACCAAAGCCGCCAUUGCGCAGGGGAUGAAUACCGACAUAAGGCGUGCCAUAUUCGUCAGUAUCGUUGGAGCGGAGGACUUCAAGCAUGCUUACCUGCGGUUGCGAAGCCUCAAUCUAACGUCGAAGCAGAAGACUGAAGUCCCUCGGGUAGUACUACAUUGUUUAGGCGCUGAGCAGACAGUCUACAACCCGUACUAUGCAGUAGUCGCACGCAAACUCUGUGAAGAAGAAGGCGUGAUGCGGAAGGCAUUCCAGGCUCGCCUAUGGGAACAUCUGAAGCGCAUGCGCCGUGCAGACGAAGACGAUGUCGACAGCGAAGACGACGAAGGCGGCGGUGGCGAUGGUGCUGGGAUGAGUGUGCCUAGGAUGGUACUCCUUGCCAAGUUCUACGCUACGCUUAUGGCAAGUGGUGCCGUUAGUAUUGCCGCGUUAAAGGGUAUCGACUUCCAAUCGCAGCGGCCGGAGACGAAGGCGUAUAGUUUCGCAGAAGUGCUGCUCACGACCCUGCUUUUGCAGUUGAGGAAGACGCCGGAGAAGCUUGAGGAAGUGUUUACUCCCAGCGGCGCAAAUCCCAAGAUGCUGGGGGGAUUACGAUGGUUCAUGCGCACGAUAAUCAGUAAGGCUGCGCUCGCUAGUGGGGAGAAGGAGGCGAGGAGGAUCAAGGAAGCCUGCAACUCGGCUAUCAGCGUGCUACCGAGCGGCGGCUCUAACCUUGCACCAGUGGUGGGUGUAGAUAGCGACGACGAUUGAAGUGGCAAGACAAGUCUACUUCGCACUGCCGUUCUUCACACACACCAUUCUUGUUGUCCUCACAUCAGCAUGACAUCCUUGUGACGUACCUUAGAUCUACGUCGUUCCAAGCCGU